AUGAUGAGCGGCGCUGAAAAGCGCGAGCAGAUGGCCAUCAUGGAGGCCGCCAUAAGCAGCGCCAUGAACCACCCCAACAUCGUGCAGUCCGGCGACCAGCCGGUCCCUGCGCCCCCUGAGGAGGGCCUGUUCCAGUGCGGAGACCGCAUCCACAACUUUGAGGUGUCGUUGGUGAUGGAGUUCUGUGAGCUUGGGACCCUUAGGGAUGCUCUGGAUGGGGGCGCGUAUAGAGACGAGUCGGGCUUUGUGAACUACGCUGCCAUCCUCGACACGGCCGCCGACGUGGCGCGCGCAUUGCUGCACCUGCACAAGCAGCAGGUGAUGCACUCUGACCUCAAGGCACGCAACGUGUUGCUCAAGGCCGACGGCAAGAGCGGACGCGGGGCGGUGGCCAAGGCCACGGUCGGCUAG